AUGGCCAGCAGCAGCCUCCUGAGCAAAGUGUCCAUCGCCGUGGCCGCCUGCGCGCGCCGCUUCACGCGCCGGCUCCUCCGCGCGCGUCGGCUCCGUUGGGGCGGCGGCGCCUGCCUCGGCAGGCAGCUCGUGGCGGCUGACGGCGGUGGCGCUGCCGGCGAUCGCGGGGACGGCGGCGGCGGGCAGGAGCAGGGCGCCCUGUGGCGGCGGGCGGUCCUGAUGGGGCAGCGGUGCGAGCCGCUCGACUUCCCCGGCGCCAUCCACUACGACAGCUCCGGCCGGCGGGUCGAGUCGCCCCGCUGCGGCAGCAGGAAGGCGGCGGCGGGCGCGCUGUUCUGCCGCUCGUCGGACGCCGUCGACGGGGCCGUCACGGCGGCCAAGAAAGCCACCUAAGCCAGCUGGCUAACCCAUCAAUGCACCCGA